AUGGCUGCGCAGGUCAGUAAUCAGUAUUGUCUUUUCACAAAAAAAUCAAGUAACUACUGUCUCCUACAGCUACCGAGCCCACAGUCCUGCCUUUCGAUUGUUGUUGAAUGUUAUGAUGUAGUACGUACCUUGUUGCUGUUGGCUGGUGAUAUCGAGUCAAACCCAGGUCCCGACACUGUACUCGCAGAACUAAAGAAGCUGUCUACUGGUCAGUCACAACUACUCGCCGAGGUUCAAGGCCUUAGAAACCAACUAACAACUACUGAACAGGCUAUAUCUGACCUCAGUAACAGAUUAUCCAACCUAGAAACUCGCUAUCAAGACCUGGUAACACUACGCACCGACAUGGAUGCGAUCUGCACUAACACCACCCAAACAGCCAAAGAUAUCAGAGGAAUAGAAGCCCGCCUGGAUGACGCCGAAAAUCGCUCGCGACGAAACAAUUUAAUUUUCUAUAAUAUCACAGAUAACAAUGCAUCGGAAAACUACGCCCAAUCUGAAGAAACUGUCCUGCGCCUCUGCCGUGAUCACUUAGGUCUAACCAUUGACCCAAAAGAAAUUGAACGGGCUCACCGUCUUGGACGCCAUUCUUCUGGGCGCUCUCGCCCAAUAAUAGUCAAACUGACAUUUUUUAAAACCAAACAGCUAAUUCUUUCAAAUGGCCGUAAGUUAAAAGGGACUGAUUACAGCGUCGGGGAGGAUUUUUCACGCCCUGUCCGAGAUGCGCGAAAGCAUCUAGUUAGAUUUGCCAAAACUAAAAACACAAAAUUUUCCUUGCGCUACAAAACAUUAUUCAUCGGUCCUAAACAGUACGCAUUCGACGAAUCAUCGCAGACAGUAAAAGAAAUCUCAUAGCAUACGGUUCAUCGUCGUGUAACUAAACUUCCUGGUAGCAGCCCUCGUGGUAAACUUCCAAAUCUUUCUUUUUCUAUUAUUUUCACAAACAUACGCAGUUUCCUCCCCAAACGUGAACACAUCUGUAAUCUUGUUUCAUCAUCUUCCAGCAACAUACUUGUACUAACUGAAACGUGGCUAACAGAUGACGUCACUGAUACGGAAGUUCUUGCCAAUCUACCUAAUUUUAAAGUUUUCCGCAAGGACCGCAAGGGCUCCAGAGGAGGAGGUGUUCUCAUUGCCACUAACCAACAAUUGCC